UCGCCCUCCAUAAACCAACAAACCUACGAGCCACAGACGAGCUGCCCUACACAACGAAUGCAGCCGUGAACACGCAGCGAAGAAAACACGCAUUCCCGCGCAAAUUAUCGAGAGGUAUGUAUGCAGGCAUGCAGGCAAUGACAGCAAGGGGGUAAUCCUGUCAGGGUGCCUUGCAGCAUAAGUGAGGACAGUAUUCCUCGAGACGCAACGCGUGUGCCCUUUGAGCGCCGACUCGUCUCUGGGCGCGCAGAAACUUUGCACCGCGCGCCCGUGCAUUGGCUGCAGAGGGACGAAGACAAGGACGAGGCACCGGGGGAAGCGAAAAGAGCAAAAGGCAGCUUGUUGUGCGCGGCACCCCUGCAUCUCUACGGGUACUGUUGCCAUGUGCUCAAAAUACCGGAGCCACUACGGGGGCGUGGCGCUUGAGCGCCCUUGCAGUGCUACUUGCUUUUCAGCGUCGCGCUGCUGGUCAGGGAGGUUCUGCGGGGUGGACGAAGACAAGGACGAGGCACCGGGGGAGCGAAAAGAGCAAAAGGCAGCCUGAUGUGCGCGGGGAACCUUAGAGUGCUACGGAUGCUGCUGCCAGGUAGUCAAAAUAUAAGAGCCCAUGCGGGGGCGCGGAGUUUGAGCGGCAAGGCGGACCUGCAGUGCUACUUGCUUUUCAGCGUCGCGCUGCUGGUCAGGAAGGCUCUGUUCAGGAAUGCGGUGAACGCCACGCUGCUCACAUCGCAAAUAGAGCGCCUUUGGGAACAUCACGCACAGGCUUUAAGGCCACCUGGGUUUCCUGAUGUCCACAUGCCUCCCACCCCUCCCACGCGCCUCCUGUCCGUCAAGCGCUGUCGUGCGAGACUCCUGCCAGGCAGGCACCGCUUCAUUCCUCCGAGCUGCAGGCCGAGAUGGCCAGCUGGCCUCCGAGGUGCGAAACGAAAUGUCCUCGGGUUCCUGAGUUCUCUACUGCAUUAAGCACCGCAACACUCUUGAAAGGGGCCCCCAACAAUGAGGGCCUCGGGCCUGCAACCCAGGCACAGUGGCGAGAUUCACCGAAGGCAAUGAGAUAUGGCAGACACGCUGUGCUUAUCCAUCUAGCUACAGCGAUCUGCGGAGUAACUUGUAGUUGCCUGACUCAUUCAAACUCAAACCUCCUGCCUCCAACCACUGGCCUUUCCUUCGCCUCCAUACACCGACGGAGCCCUGAACAAACGCCAUCGCAAAGCCUGCUGGCCGCAUCUGGGCUGCGCUAUACAUACCACAGCGAGACCGGCGUGAAGACACAGCGAAUAAAACACGCUUUCGAACGCCAACUCACCAGAGGUGCGCAGACGAUGACACUGUCAUAAUAACUAGUUGGCCAUCCUGUCAGGGUGCCUUACGGUAUAAUAGAAAGCAGUCCCUCGAGACGCGCCCCGUGUGCUCCGAGAACCAACUGGUCCACUGGCGCGCGGAAGUGUUGAGCCGCGCGUCCGUGCGUCUGCAACGAGGGGGGGGGAGGCGACGGCGAGACACAGGAGGAAGCGAAGAGGACAAGAGGCAGCAAACUUUGCGCGGCGACCCUGCGAAUUGCCACGGGCAGCGCUGCUAGCCAAAACGCCAGGACAGCGGAGCCAAUGCGGGGGAACGGAGCUUGAGCGGUGGCAAGGCGGACCUGCAGUGGUGCAUGCUUGUGAGCGUCGCGACUGCUGGUCAAGGAGUUACCGUCAGGCGCUGGCAUGCGAGUCAUAUGCCCAGCUGACACCGCCUAACUUCUCCGAACUACAAGCGAGGUCAAGGAGUUUCCGUCAGGUGCUGGCCUGCGAAACUCAUGCCCCGCUGACACCGCAUAACUUCUCCGAACUACAAGCGAGGAUGGCCAGACAUCUGGCAAGAGAUAGCAGACACGCGAUACUUAACAGAUAGCUGCAGCGAUCUGCGGGAUAGCGGCCUGAUCCAUUUAAAAGACAACCGUACACCCCCAACCACUCGCCUGCCAGUCGCUCUCCAUACACCAACGGGUCCCUUAGUCAACGCCAUCAUGGAGCCUGCUGGUCACAGAUGAGCUGGGCUACACAGGAGCUGUAGCCGUGACCACACAGCUGAACAAGCACACAAUUUCUACUGCCAACGUGGAGAGAAGAAACUGAGGUGCGUAAGUCGCAGAGUUCUUGGAUCCUGGUUCCUGGGUUCCUGGGCUCCCCGGGGGCGAAGAGGCGGGGACAGAAGGCCCAAAGGCGGCAGCUGGUGCUGCCUCGGGCAACGCUGCCAGCCGAAACGCCAGAAGAGCGGAGAAAAUGCAGAGGCGCCGACCUUGAGCGUCAGCAAGCCGGACCUGCAGUGCUACUUGCUUUUCAGCGUCGCGCUGCUGGUCAGGGAGGUUAUGUUCAGGAAGACGGACCACGUUAUGCUACUCAUGAGGUGCACGCGGGUACACUAUGAAAAGGCUGGGAAGGGCACCUAAGAGCACGGAUCUGGAUGCUUGAAAUUCGGCCAUGCACAUCCCACAAGUUCUUCUCUUAGGACUCCUACUUAAUGGCCUCAAGACAACGAGAUCCUGCUAUCGCACUAUCGCGUUCUACUCAUGGCAGCCUCGCCGAUGCACCUGGGGACCGUGGGGCAUGCCCAAUAGACUUGGGCCGUCCUCCAUCCAGCCAUCGCUCGAGACACGGCCAACGGGAACCACGCGCUUCACGACACGCUUCAUCUUGAUGUCCGCAGCCCUCCGCGGGAGCAGCGCUGCCUUCGCGUGGGAGAGCAGCAGCGUGCCGCUGAGCCUCCGCUUUUGCCGCGGGCAGUUCAGGUCGACGGCCACCGUCUCGCCGGGGACCAGCAUCCGCACUAUCUUCAUGGCCUCUUUCCAGCAGUCCCUCUCGGAGCGGAUGCUCUCCCGCGCGCACCAGGCCAGGGGCUGAUCCUCGGGGAUGCACGGCAUGUUCUUGCCCUCUAGGAUGCGGACGCCCCGCGGGGACCACUGGUCUAUGGAGACGCCGAUGAAGUGCGAGACCGAGCUGCGCACCACCGAGCCAAGCGCGUAGCUGCUGAGUAUGUCUCUGAUGGCCAUCUGCACGUCGUGCCGUGAGGCGCCGUGCGGCCAAUCCGCCGGGGGGGCGCGGUGCCGCACGUCGGCGGCACAGCCGCUCGUGCUGGGCACGCCCUCAGCAGGAAGCGUCGCCGGACCCGACGCCCUCCCGACGUCACCAGCUCGGGCCAGGCCUGGCUCCGAAGCCACCACGUCGUCGAAGCCUGCUUCCCGCACGGCCGUCUGAGAGCGCAGUCCCGCCGAGCACAUCCUCAAGUCCAGCCGAGCCCAGCCCAUCCUGAUCUCGGAGGGCGUCGGCUACUUGGCCCGAUUCCUGUUCAAGACCUCCAGCCAAAAUGGCU